AUGUCUUCGAAAAGCACUAUAUUAAUGGUUAUUCAAAUUACAUCUUUAGUUUUAUCUCUGGCGGGAACUUUUUCGAUUGCCAAUGGACAAAAGCGAAUUGUUGGAGGUAACGAGGUAAAAUCAAAUGAAAUCAAUUAUCAAGCAUCCAUAUGGGUCUUUGAAGAAUUUAUUUGCGGAGGAACGAUAAUUGGCCAAAAGUACAUUCUUACAGCUGCCCAUUGUCUUUACGGUUAUAAUUUUGAAGAACCUUUUGAUGAUAUUUUCGUCGUAACCGGUGCUAUUAAACUUAACGAUACUCGUAACAAACAGGAAGUUGCUGAAAUCACUCUUCAUAAUAACUACAACCAUGGAAGUGAAAAUUCAUAUUUAAAUGAUAUUGCUAUUAUCACGCUUCGAGAGAAAAUCAAUUUUGAUCAAACUCAAGCCCCUGCACUUUUACCUAUUGCACCAGUGUCUAAGGGUUUGAUUGGUACAAUUGUUGGAUGGGGACGAGAUAAUUAUGAUAAGCCUCACCCCACGGAAGUACUGAAAAAAGCUAUUCUGCAGGUUCUCACUUUUAAUGAAUGUCAGCCCAAAAUGAAUUUAAAAGUCUAUGAUAGCCAAAUAUGUGGAUUUGCUAGAAAGGAUAUUGGAAUUUGCAAGGGAGACAGUGGCGGCCCGUUAAUGGUUAAUGGCACUGUUGUUGGCAUUUCGUCAUGGGCCAUUCCCUGUGCUACGGGAGUACCAGAUGUUUUCACGAAUGUUUUCUAUUAUCUUGAUUUUAUAUUUGAUGUAAUAGGCAAUGGUGAAAAAUGA